CCUGCCCCCGCCGGCCCCAGCCCCACUGUGAGGUCAGCACCUUCCUACAAGUUCCGUCCAGGGCCAAACGGCAGGGCUGGGGCUGGACAUGGUCCUCCAUCCCCAGCCCGCCUCCUGCCUGACUGGCAGCCUCCUGGGCCUGAUACGUUUGUCCUCGCUCAUCCCUGCUGCAGCUUAGACCAACUGUGACUGCAGCCCUGGCCUCAGCUGAGAAGCUGUCAUCGCUCUCAUCGUGGUGCCGGGGGUGUCAGCGCCGGCUGCCUCUGUGCCCUGGUCAUUGUGGCCAUCGGUGUCCUCCGAGCCAAGGAGUGCGUGAGCUCGGGGUGGAGUGGUGGGACAGGAUGGAGGCCACGCUGCUGGCCCUGGGCCCUUGGUCACAGGUGGGCUGUCACCAGUGGCGGGAAUGACAUGACAUUUCCCAGUGAGACCUGUCUCAGACACACGGACAGCAGCUGAGUUCCGGCACAGGGUGGGUAUCCCGUCCAUGCCGUCACUGGGAGGGCAGCUCACUGUGGCACUGAGUCCCCAGCCUGUCGUGCAGGUUGCUGGAGCAGCACGGGGCCCAGGAAGACUGCAUGGACUUGCGCUUGGUGCACGUGGAAUCCCACCUGGACCUGGAGGUCCCCACGGAGGAUGUUCUAGAGGAGCCCCUCCCAUUCUGUCCCCACCCUCAGCCCCCUCGUAGGGCAGAGUGCAGGGCACAGGAAUUAAAACUACUUAGUGGUUGUGUGCUGUCCUCCUUGCAAACGGACGGGGCCCCUGGAGGCAAGUGGAUGCGGGGUGCCCCUCCCCCAGGCAGAGAACCGGACCCCCUGUGUUCACACUGGGGGCCCAGCUCCUCCCUGCUGCUUCGUCCUGAGGAGCCUCGGCCACCCUGGGCCCCUUCCCCCAUCAAAGCCUCACACAGGACUUCGCUGACGUCCUCUCCCUCCGCACGCACUGUGCCCUGCAGGUUUCAGGGAGUGGGGGACACACUUUCCCCCCGCACCCUCCCCUCCACUGCAAGGUCUGCGCCCUGAGGUCGGGCUGGUUAGGCUCCUGCCCCACUUGCCAUCCACCACCGCAGGGGACCAGCACACCCCUAACACGGGGUCCCUGUGCCCGACCCGACUGGGUGUGAGUGGGCCAUAGCGGCUCACACACUAGGGUCCUUACUGGGGGUGCGGGUGGGCAUGGUCCUGCUGCCCAAGCCUCACGAGGCUCCGGUGGUCUCACCCCACAGAGGAGAUGCAGAGCUGUGGGCCUGGUGCUCUGGGACUGGCAGCUGCAGCGCUGGGCGUUGGCUGCAUGCCUGGCCCCGGCCCUGGGCGCGGGACCAGCCCUGGGACAGGAAGGGCAGGUAUCAGGCUGGACAGUUAGUGUUUGUUCAGGCGCCACAGGGACGAGUCUCGGGGACACCUGGGCUCCGAGCACACCCAGGCAGCAAGGACCCCACCUUGGGUCCCAGAGCUGGCCCUAUGUGGGGCCUUUCCUUUUGCUCGACGCCUCUGCCGCGGCUGUCGCUGCUGCUGCUACUGUCGCUGAGGCCAGCCUGGGCCCCCGAGCCGCCUGGAGUCGCGCCCUCAGAGCCCCCUGGCGCCCGCGAAUGCCCCGAGGCGUGCGCGUGCUCCGCGGGGGGCCAGGCCAACUGCUCCGCCCUGGCGCUGCCCUUCGUGCCCGCGGGCCUGAGCUGGCGCGUGUACGCACUGCUGCUUGACCGUAAUUGUUUGCGCGCGCUGCCGCCAGGCGCCUUUGCGGGCGCACACGCCCUGCGGCUCCUGGACCUCCGCGAGAACGGGCUGCGAUCCGUCCACUCCCGGGCUUUCUGGGGUCUUGGCGCGCUGCAGCUCCUCGACCUGAGCGCCAACCAGCUGGAGACGCUGGCGCCCGGCACCUUCGCGCCGCUGCGCGCGCUGCGCUCCCUCUCGCUGGCAGGCAACCGCCUGGCGCUGCUGGAGCCCGCGGUGGUGGGCGCGCUCCCGGGGCUGCGCGCGCUCAGCCUGCAGGAUAACGCGCUGUCGGCGCUCGGGCCCGGACUGCUCGCCCGCCUGCCCGCCCUGGACGCGCUGGGCCUGCACGGCAACCCCUGGGCCUGCGGCUGCGCCCUGCGCCCGCUCUGCAACUGGCUGCGGCUGCAUCCACGCGUGUCAGAGGCCGAGACCCUGCGCUGCGUGUCCCCCGGGCGCCGGACUCUCAGUCCCCUGAGCGCCUUCCCCGACGCCGCCUUCCGACACUGCACGAAGCGCCUCGCCGCGCGAGACCUGGCAGUGAUCUAUGCGCUUGGGCCCGUCUCCUUCCUCGCCAGCCUGGCCACCUGCCUGGCGUUGGGCUCUGCGAUCACCGCCUGCCGCGCGCGCAGCCGCCGCCGCCGCCUCCCUGUCGCCCGCAGCCCAUCGCCGAGACCUCUGGACCCCGCAGGACCCGCCUGUGUCGUGGCGCCCGAAAGCCAGGCCGCCACACCGGCCCAAGCCUGAGCGCUCCCUGACCGCCCCCACCCCGCCCUGGCCCUCCCUUUGCACUCCCUGUGGCCGAACAAGGACGAGACGGAAGGUGUCGUGACAUCCCUUUAGGCAUGAUCACUGCACACGGGGCGGGGCGGGGGGCAGUGCGCCAGCCGGCGGGGGCAGAGCGCGCUGCGCUGGGCGCCGUGGGGAAGGCACGCGCUCGGACACG